AGGGAGAGAGAGACCAGUCAACUGCCUGGCCAAGAGUCGUCCGCCUAUAAAGCACCUUCCUCCCGACCAGGAGAUCACCACCGCCUCUCUCUUUUGUUCUUCACUUUUCUUUUUCUCAGCUAGCUCUGAGAGAGGUAGGGAAAGAGAGGCAGCAGAGACCUUCAUCUUCCGAGAGAGAAACGGGGUACCCAUCAUCGGGAAUGGCACACUCGGCCACUUACAGGUCGCUGCUCCUACUCUGCAUUGUGGGUAGCCUCAUUUGCGCCUCCUCUGCACAGACCUGCAGGUCGCAGAAUUUUGCCAACAAGAACUUUCAGACCUGCGUCGACCUCCCUGUCCUCAACGCCUUCCUCCACUGGACAUACUUCCCUUCCAAUGGUACCGUCGACAUCGCCUACAGGGCCACCCCUUCUGUCGCCGGCGGCUGGGUCGCCUGGGCCAUCAAUCCCACCGGCACGCGCAUGCUCGGCUCACAGGCCAUCGUGGGCUACCUCGUCUCCGGCACCGUCAACGUCAUAACCACCAGCGUCAACAGCUACACACCCUCCAUGCAGAACGGGAGCCUGAGCUUCACCGUCUCCAACCUCGCCGGCGAGUCCUCCGGCAACGACAUCAUUCUUUUUGCGACCUUGAGCCUGCCGAGCAACAGUUCUACCCUGAAUCAGGUGUGGCAGAGCGGUCCCAUGUCUGGUACGACUCACUCCCCACAUUCUACCACCGGUGCGAACGUUCAGUCGAUGAGGACCCUGGAUCUCCUCUCCGGUCAGAGCACGUCCACCGGCGGCGGGGAUUCCAAGACCCGGAGAAAAAACGUGCAUGGAAUUCUGAACGCAGUGAGUUGGGGUAUCCUGAUGCCCACCGGCGUCAUAAUCGCGAGGUACAUGAGAGUGUUCAAGUCUGCGGAUCCGGCAUGGUUUUACCUCCAUGUGACGUGCCAAUUCUCCGCGUACGUUGUCGGCGUUGCUGGGUGGGGAACUGGCAUGAAACUCGGAAGUGAAUCUCCGGGCAUCCAGCAGACUUUUCACAGGAACAUUGGCAUCACUCUCUUCUGUCUCGGAACACUUCAGGUUUUUGCUCUGUUUCUGAGACCCCAGAAGGAUCACAAGUACCGCAUCUACUGGAACGUCUACCACCAUUCUGUUGGUUACGCAGCCAUCAUCUUGAGCAUUAUUAAUGUCUUUAAAGGGUUCGACAUUCUUAAACCAGAGAAGAAAUGGAAACACGCAUACAUCGGGAUCCUUAUUGCUUUGGGCGCCAUUGUUGUUGUCUUAGAGACCUUCACGUGGAUUGUAGUGCUGAGGAGGAGAUCAAGAAGCUCGGAGAAGUCGCACCACGGUGCAAAUGGAACAAAUGGAUAUGGUGCGACUCCUUCUGUAUAGAGAUGGAUUGAUUCGAUUCAGUGUGCCCGCUGCAGAGCUUGUUUUAUUUUAUUCAGCAUGAUGAUUCUUUCUUUCAUUCCUUCGCUUUUUUGGAUUGUAGUUUUAGAUGAAAUUAUAGCCUUGUAUGUAGAAACAGUUGUGUUAUGUUUGGACAGUGGUCAGUUUCCUUCUUGUAAUGAGAGAGUUUGAUACAGGAUUGCAUGGCGUUUGAGUUU